UUUUGAUCCUUAGCUUUAUCUACAACAGUUGAAAGAAGUAAAGAUUAAUAAAUUUGCUCCUGUAGUGAAAUGACUUAAUCGAUCCAAAAACAUCAUUUUUGGGUUGCGAAGUUCGAGGUGACAAGCUUUAACCUCUAACGUCUCUCAGUGUUUCAGGAAAUAUAUGUGUCUGUAUGCUUGCGUUGUGCAAAGAUGAGCAUAUCAAUAGGAGCUUAUUGGGUAUUGGAUUUCUUGUUCAUUUUUCUAUCUUCAGUUGCAGGACAUGGUGUUCAUGCUUCCUCAUAUGACUAUUCUGCAACAACUGAGUGCUUGAAAGAGCCUCAGAGAGCUCAAUAUGGAGGAGGGAUAGUAGCCAAUCCAGAGUUUACUUACAGCUUGGAAGGUUGGGCUGUGUAUGGUGAAGGGGAAAUUAGAGAAGGUUUAUCAAACAAUGGUAACAGAUACAUUAUUUCACAUAGCAGAACACAAUCACUUGACAGUGCCUCACAGAAGGUCCAGUUCGAGGAAGGAACUCUUUAUAGUUUCUCUGCUUGGAUUCAAAUCAAUAGAGGAAGUGAGAGUGUGGCAGCUGUUUUGAGAACAGCUGGUGGUGAACUGAUUCGAGUUGGCAAAGUUAUAGCAAGAGAUGGAUGCUGGUCUUUCAUUAAAGGUGGGGUCUUUGCAAACUUUUCAGGCCCUGCUGUGCUUCUGUUUCAGAGCAAGAAUACAAAUGUGGAAAUAUGGAUAGACAGUGUCUCUUUACAACCCUUUACCAUGGAGCAAUGGAGAUCCCACCAGGAGGAAAGCAUUCAAAGGGAACGAAAGCGAAAGGUGAGGUUUCAUGUAACCUAUGCGAACAAAAGUGCCGUAGAAGGUGCUGUAGUAUCCAUAAGACAAACCCAAUCAAGCUUCCCAUUUGGCUGCGGCAUGAACCAUUACAUAUUGGAAAGCGUAGAUUACCAAAACUGGUUUACUUCAAGAUUCAAGUACACCACUUUUACUAACGAAAUGAAGUGGUACAGCACCGAGAAAAAACAGGGACAUGAAAACUACACAAUUGCAGAUGCAAUGGUGAGAUUCGCCAAGCAAAAUGGCAUUUCCAUCAGAGGUCACAACAUUUUCUGGGAUGAUCCGAAAUACCAACCAGACUGGGUUAAAAAUCUUUCUCCUGAUGAUUUACGAGAAGCUGCAGCGAAAAGAAUAAACUCAGUGGUUUCAAGAUACGCAGGGCAACUGAUUGCUUGGGAUGUAAUGAAUGAGAAUCUGCACUUCAGCUUCUAUGAAGAUAAGCUUGGCGUAGAUGCCUCUGCAGAGUACUUCUCAAGAGCUUUUCAGCUUGAUCCAGGGACGAGAUUGUUCAUGAAUGAAUAUAACACAAUAGAAAAUUGUACGGAUGAGGAUGCAAAUCCAGUUAACUACAAAAAAAGACUAGAGGAAAUCCUGGGGUAUCCCGGAAACGAAGGAAUUUUAGCAGGAAUAGGUGCACAAGGCCAUUUCGGUUCUGACCAACCGGACCUUGCUUACAUGAGAGCUUCCUUGGACAUUUUGGCUUCAACUGGAUUGCCUAUAUGGCUUACUGAAGUGGAUGUUGAUAGAGGCCCAAAUCAGGCAGAGUACUUGGAGCAGAUACUGAGGGAGGGCCACUCUCACCCAGCUGUUGAAGGGAUUAUCAUGUUUGUGGGCCCAGAAAUUGCAGGUUUCAAUGUUACAACCUUAGCAGACAAAGAUUUCAAGAACACUCCAGCUGGAGAUGUUGUGGAUAAGCUGAUUGAUGAGUGGAAGUCUACAACUGCUGAACUCAUAGCAGAUAGUGAAGGAUCCAUUGAAGUUUCAUUGUUCCAUGGAGAUUACAAUAUAACUGUUAAAGACCCAGUUGGCAAUUCUUCGACUAGCUGGAAUCUUAGUCUGGGAAAAGACGACUCAGAAGGAAAUGCUCAUAUUUAUAUCAAUGCCUGAAUGAAAUCAUUCAAUCUUAAA